CCCCUUACCACGCCGACGUCGGAAGUCGUGUGACCAGCGCCCGAUCGGCGUAAAAUACGGAAUCCGGACUGCAGGCAGUUCAUUGCCGAUGAUCUGAUCCCGCGCUGCAUCUGGAAACUGGAAAGAUCCUCAGCUUUGCGGCAUUACUAUUGCGUGUUGCCAGUACUAUCUCCCUCCACCCCGUCUCUCGUUGUCUUUUUGAGGUAUUUUGAGACAUCUCAACGCAGACCUCAACCCAAAUCUCUUUCUCGAUCCCCCCCCAAUUCCUCCCCUCCGUCUCAUACAUACAACAAAGAUCGUCGCCAUGGCUGCUGCCCCGCCUUCCGUCUCUGACCCCUCCUCGCGCAAAACGUUCACUAUCGGCACGCGCAAGUCGAAGCUCGCCCUGCUUCAGACGGAUCUGGUCCAGGCGGCCCUCCAAGCCAGAUGGCCCGAGUACGAAUUCAAGAUCCACUCGCGGGAGACUGCAGGCGACCAGAACACCACCAUCGCUCUCCGUGACUUCACAACCAAGAACCUAUGGACCCAGGAACUGGAGGACCUUCUGAUUGCCGGCCAUGUCGACUUCAUUGUACACUCUCUGAAGGAUGUACCGACUCUUCUCCCCGACUCAUGCACGCUCGGCCCGAUGAUGGAUCGCGAGGAUACGAGAGACGUCCUGGUCAUUAAGAAGGGACUGCCCAACAUGAGUCUGGCUGAGCUGCCCGCCGGCUCCGUCGUGGGUACCUCCUCCAUCCGUCGUACCGCCCAGCUCGCUCGCCGGUACCCCCACCUGAAGGUCAUGGAUGUGCGCGGUAACAUCGGGACUCGUCUGUCGAAGCUGGAUGCUGAGGAUGGUCCUUUCACUUGUCUCAUUCUUGCAGCCGCUGGUCUGCUGAGACUGGACCUGGGCGAUCGUAUCUCCAGCUAUCUGGACUCGAAGAACGCGGGAAUGCUGUAUGCCGUCGGACAGGGCGCCCUGGGCAUCGAAAUCCGUAAGGAUGACCAGGCUGUGGUGGAUAUGUUGAAGAACAUUGGCAACAAGGAGACGACCUUUGCCUGCUUGGCGGAGCGGAGCCUCCUGCGUACGCUCGAGGGUGGUUGCAGUGCCCCGUUGGGUGUGGAGUCGGAGUGGAUUCAGGCUGCUGAUGGAUCGUCGAAGUUGAGGAUGCGGUCGGUUGUGGUCAGCGUGGAUGGUAGUGAGAGCGCGGAGGUUGAGGUUGAUGGGGCUGUGGACUCGAAUGAGUCUGCGGAGGAGUUCGGCGUUACGGUGGCCAAGGCGCUGGUUGAGAAGGGCGCAGGGAAGAUCCUGGAGGAGAUCCAGCGGAACAAGCAGACA